CCAUCCGCACUACAGUACAGUAAAGAACGAGAGGCCUGUACGAAAGUGAAGAUCACUCAUGUAAAUUAACGGGGGAUUCGGAAAACCUUUAGAACGCGGCGUGGAUCACUUUCAUUGUUGUCAAAGUUGAGGAAAUUAUUCGGGGCAUGAAGGACCAAAUUCGUCUGGGAUAACAUUAGGGGCGAAUUGGGAAUGUUACCAUGAAAACAUUUCGGAAGGAAAUAUAAGGGACACUCGAGAGGAGCCAAGCUUCAUUUGAGAUAACUUAAUUAAAGGAAAACUAUGACCAGGAGUCUUCUCGACGAUCAAGGACUAGUCUUGUCAAGAUAUUGUUCAAAGGAGUAACUUUGUGGAGUGGUAUUUCUCAUGGAAACAAAUAGGUUGCCAGUCUGCUAAUAUUUUCCCGGUGGUCCAUUGACAAAGACUAUUGCUGACAGCGGCAGGCGAUGCUCAGGCUACAAUGUGUUCGCAUUUAAUGUUUCUCCUGAAGAUAUUGAGAGGUUAACUUUUUAUUUUCUCGGAACAUUUCACCAUAUUCAGUGUUAUCAAUGUAACUGCGUUAUUUCAUGCACGCCCCGGUAAUGUUUUUAAAGAAGAACAUGUUUAUUCUUACCUCUGAUUUCUCUUUCUGGCCACAUUUUUUACAUCAAUAGCUGGAAUAAACAAAAUAAGCCAACGAAUUCAAGUCUACACUGUGGAAAAGCCCAUGUAUAUUUUCUUAUUUUAAUGGAUUCAAAUAUUUUUUAUCGUUGUGGAACGCUCUUGGACGGACAUUGAAAAAGUCAAGACGUAGUCAUUCUCCAAAAUACAGAGGAUGUCAUUUUGUUAAAAAUGCUAGUUGGAUAAAAAAGCCUACGUCGGGGAAAAACACAUAACGGAAGCCCAAUGAGCGGCAUACAGUCAACACUCCCUGAAAGGUUUUCCAAAAAAGCAACCAGGACCCCUAGCAUUCUCAGCAAGGACCAUCCCCCAGACAAGAAUCCCAAGAGUGACAAAAACACAGUCCCACCUGCGCAUGAGUUUGACCCUACAGGGCUUGUCCAGCGUUGUGUGAUCAUCCAGAAAGAUGAGAAUGGCUUCGGGUUGACGGUGAGCGGAGACAACCCUGUAUUUGUGCAGUUGGUCAAAGAGGAUGGCGCUGCCAUGCGAGCGGGUGUCCAGACGGGUGAUAGGAUCAUCAAGGUUAACGGGACCUUAGUAACACAUUCAAACCAUGUAGAAGUCGUCAAGCUAAUAAAAUCGGGCUCCUAUGUGGCCCUCACAGUGCUGGGGAGGCCCCCGGGGCUGGCCCAGAUCUCGCUGUCGGAGGGCGAGGGGGGAGACCUGUCCUCUUUCCUCUCCUCGCCCCACUCUCCUGGACCAACGGGGGGAACAGGGGAGCGCUGCGUCACCUCCUCCACCAGCUCCCAGGACCACAUCACCUCCCCGCUGCCGCUCUGGGAGGAGAAUAACGCCCUUCACAGCCAGAAGGUGGACAUCUUACAGAAGAUGCUGACCAAGGAGCAGGAGGAUUUACAGGCUAUGAAGGAGGUGUACAGCAGGAACCCCACAGCGAAACUACUGAAGGACAUCCAGGAGGCCAAGAAACACAUUCCUCUGCUGCAGAGCCAGCUCAGCAAGGCCACAGGCACACCUCAGGAUGGCUCCCUCUCCCACCGGGACGGUGAGGUGGAGGAGGGGGGCAUUGAGGCAGCCGAUGGAGAGCAGACCCCCUCCUCACGGGGAGAAAGCGGCAGUGACGGGCUCUGGACCAAUAACGCUGUGUCUCCCAGUCCCCUCCCUGAGAAUCCGUGCCAAAGAGAGACGCCCUGCCACAGCCCAAAGACCACCCCCCGAGAGAGCCUCAACUCCUGCCCCUCGCCUGACGCAGAGGACACGGCGGACCUGAACUGUAACUUCCAGUCCAGUGUGGGCAGCCCCUUCUCCCAUCUCAACCCCCAGAUAAUCGGAGCAGAGGAUGACUACUUUGACACAGAGCAGGAACAGAUCAACGGUCAGUGUAGUUGUUUUCAGAGUAUAGAGCUGCUCAAGUCUCGGCCCGCUCACUUGGCCGCCUUCCUCCAUCAUGUGGUCUCUCAGUUUGACCCUGCACCUCUGCUGUGCUACCUUUACGCUGACCUGUACAAGCAGACCAACUCCAAAGAGACCAGGCGGAUCUUCAUGGAUUUCCAUACUUUCUUUAUGGACCGAGCAGCGAAUCUGAAAGUAGCUGUGCCUGAGUCUAUGGCCUCUGAACUAGAGCGGCGGAGACCUGAGCUGAUCCCAGAGGAACUGCACAGACCUUACAUACAGCUGCUACAGGACACACUGCUACCAGACAUCCAGAGGAACCUAGAGGACUUCAGGCAGAAGCGCAGCAUGGGUCUGACCCUGGCAGAAGGGGAGCUGGCUAAGCUGGACACAGAGAGGGUGAGAGACCGCGUGUCGCUGGAGAGAGAACGCUCCUGUGCCGAACACAUCAUCUCCAAGAUAGAGGACGUUCUGCUGACGUCACAGCCCACAGAAGAGGAGAAGUGCACUACUAUGCAGUAUGUCAUCCUCACCUAUAUGAAACACCUGGGGGUGAAAGUAAAGGAACCACGUAGCCUAGAGCCCAAACGAGUCCGCAUCAACUUCCUGCCCAAGAUCAAGAAGAGCAUCAAACCUGAGAAAGAGGGGGAGGAGAAGGUGAAGAAGCCUCGCUUUCCCAGCAUCCUCGGCCCUCCUCGGCGGCCCAGCCGCGUGGAUUCAGCUUCAAUCAGUAAGGCCAUGGAGUUGAACAAGCAUCGGGGCCCCCAGAAGCAGCUCUCCCAGCCCGCCCUCAGCGUCUUCGAGCAACCAGAAUUCUCGGCAGGCGGCAUCCGUGCCCGCAGCCAAUUCAGCGAUCCAGGCUCUGACGCGGCCACCCACCCCUUGGCCUACAUCGCAUCCCCCCCCCACAGUGCCCCAGCCAGCCAGGGCUCCGACCCGACGGGACGCGACUCUGACUCGGGACUCACUCCCUCCUCUGCCCUGCCCAGACUGAGCACCGACGGGCUCCACUCGGGCGACACCCUGGACGGGAUGGUCCACCUAACCAGCACCCACUUUGACUUCAGCCCUUACACCCUGGACCAAUUACAGGAGGAGGAGCGUGAAAGUGACAGGGCUCAAGAGGGAGGCACGCCCAAACCAGCCCGGAGGAUGGACGGGUUAGGCUGUGGGGAUGUGCCGAGUGAGGACGACCAGGGGAACGAGAUCGAGUGCGAGCAGGACCCUCCCAACUGGCAGGCGCUGGUUAGCCGAGAGGUCCUGGCGGGCCUGACUCCACAGGAGAUCAAAAGACAGGAAGUCAUCAACGAGCUCUUCUACACAGAGCGAGCACACCUGAGGAUGUUGAAGGUGCUGGAUAACGUGUUCUGCCAGAAACUAACCCGAGACAGCAUCCUGCCUCCUGGAGACAUUAAACACAUCUUCACUAACCUAGAGGAGAUUGUCCAGCUACACGUGUGGAUAACGGAACAGAUGGCGGUCAUUCGGAAAAAGAACGAGACGUCAGUGAUAGACCUGAUAGGAGACGAUCUACUAGCUUGGUUCAGUGAUGACGAGGAGGAGAAAAUCAAGCGGGCGGUGGGCACCUUCUGCAGUAACCAGCCCUUCGCCCUGGAACUCAUCAAGACCCGGCAGAAGAAAGACCAGCGCUUCACCUCCUUUAUGCAGGAGGCUGAGAGCAACCGUCUGUGUCGCAGACUGCAGCUGAAGGAUAUCAUUCCAGUGGAGAUGCAGAGGCUGACCAAGUAUCCACUACUGCUGGAGAGCAUAGCCAAGUACACAGAGGAUGCAGAGGAGAGGGACAAAGUGAAGAGGGCCGGGGAGUGCUGCAGGACGAUCCUCAACUAUGUCAACCAGACAGUGAAAGAGGCAGAGAACAAACAGAGGUUAGAGGACUACCAGAGACGGCUGGACCUGUCCUCACUCAAACAGAGUGAGAACCCAAUGAUCUCAGAGUUCAAGAGUCUAGACCUGACCAAGAAGAAGAUGGUGCACGAGGGACCUCUCUCCUGGAAGGUCAACAAAGACAAGACCAUCGAGCUGUACACGCUGCUCCUGGAGGACAUCCUGGUGCUGCUGCAGAAGCAGGACGAGCGGUUGGUCCUCAAGUGCCACAGCAAGAACUUGGCGGGCACCGCCGACACCAAGCACAUCUUCAGCCCCAUCAUCAACCUCAACACCGUGCUGGUGCGCUCGGUAGCCACCGACAACAAGUCCUUCUUUGUGCUGUCUAUGUCCGACAACGGAGCCCAGAUCUACGAGCUGAUGGCCCAGACCGUGUCCGAGCAAAGAACGUGGCAGUGUCUGAUAACGCAGAGUGCAGAAACCAUGAAGACAAAAACACACAUCAUACCUUUACUUCAGACCGAUGUGGAGCGAGACGCAGUGGAGAUUAUCAGCACGGGGGUGCCCAAACUGAACAAAGACCCUGAGCGCACCUCCAUGGGAUGUACCCAGUCCCCAGAAAAAGAAGUCACUUCCUUGCCGGGUCUGCAACCCACACCCACAUCGACCAACCCAUUUGACGGCGUCAAAUCAGACGACGAGGAAGAAGAGGACUCGCCACUGCCAGACAGAAGAGAAGAAGAGGAGGAAGUGGAGGAGGUAGAUGAGGAGGAAGUUGAAGCUUUUCUGGAUGGAGAGCUGGCAGACAGACUGCCCUUCCUCCAGGAGAGGUCACGCCGGGGCAUCGCCAUCGACGACGAGGAGCCCGAUGACGCCUUCGGCAUGCCCCCCUCCAGAGCCGACGAGGCCCUAAGAACCUUGGCAGCCCUGAGGCAGGUCCUUCUCAACCACAUGACAAGCAGAGCAGAGGGCAGCGACAAGGACAAAGAGAAGGGGAAAGAAAAGGAGCAGAGGAAGGGCCGAGCCCCUGGGGGCCGCCUGCUGAGGACCACGUCCCUGAGGGGCCCAGAGGACAACAACAGUACCUCGGCCCCAAGCAGCGUAGCAGCACCCUCUACUGGCUCCUCGGAGAAUGGCGCCUUGGAGAAGACCGAGGCACGGAGGGAGGAGGAGGCCCCGGGGUCCAAUGAACCAUCGUCUGGGGACACAGGUUUCUUUGAGACUCCCGAGGACUACGGCAGUUACAUGGUCCUGGAGGGCUACGGGGCCUCGGGGGAGAGCAGCACGGACAAUGACGGUCAGGCGAGUGGCGGGGGGGGUGGGGCCCAAUGGGGCCCGGACUCGGGCAUCGACCUGAAGAAGCUGCUCUCCUCAUCCUCGCAGACAGGGGGUGCCGGCCCCAACCUCAGCCGCCAGGUCAUGACCCACAUCCGCCUGCUCCAGGCCAACCUGCAGCACCUGAAGGAAGUGGAGACCAAGUAUAAUGAACUGCGCCAAAGGCUGACUGAAACAGCUACUGACACAGAGGAGAACAAAGAUAAUAGUUAGUGAUGACAGAGCCCCUUCCCCUCCACCACAAGAGGACGAAGGAGGGACACGGAGGGGGACACCUCUUCCUGUCCUCUGGAGGCCCUCCACCUCAGCCCCCCACCCCUCCCAUAAUGCUGUGGCCCACAGUGGAGACUGGAACGAUCAGGGGACCCCCCCCGCCCGGCACAAAUGGCAAUCAGGGAAAAGAACGCCACAACUCACACAGCGUUCUCACUAGGACCAUUCCACCCCCAAACACCCCACUUUGGAAAUUAACACAAGUGCUGCUCAAAGUGUACCGACUACCACCACCAUCAGGAUAUUAGUAGAUAGGGAUUGAAGUUAUUUUUCAACCCCCGCAUCUUCUUUCUCCUGUGGAUAAGAGUGCCAUCUUCCCAUUGCUCACGUGCAUUCAGCAUUCGGAACGCACCACUUUCAAUAUAUCCAUCGGGGGUCAGAAACACAACUGUACGUGAUGCUAUAGUCCAACUUAAAGCACUGCUGUGUUGUGGUUAAUGGUUUGGACCUGGAGGACCACCAUGGCAAAGGCUUAGCAGAGUGAGAAGUGUGCAGAAGAUGCAGGGUGGUCAAUAUACAUACCUCUUCAGUUGUAAUCAUUCCAUGAUUGAUCAAAUUCCACUAGAACAAAAAAUGGCAAGUUUAAUCAGUGUUUUUUCUAACCCCCCCAUCAUGCCUACAACACUGAAAGCCUUGUAGAUUUUGAUUAGGUAUCUUAAGACAUCCUGAAGUAAUUCUUUAAUCACUUAGGGGUGAAUCCUAUUGUAACUUCCACUUAAGUUAAAUGUUCCCUUAAGUUAGGAUUCUCCCUUUAAUAGGUCCUCAAGUGAUUUAGUGGAUCUCAAGAAAAAAGGACUAGAUCGGUCUGCUAGACUGGUCCACUUUGCUAACCCGCAUCCUUAGCAUGAAGCCUUGGUCUUGUUCACAGCAGAUGGUGAAAGAAUAAAUUGACGAAUUCCAUUUUCUCGAGAGAUAUUUCAGUGAUACACUGUCAGUGGUGAGGUGAUAACAGUAUACCGGUAAGCGCUCCAUUUGUUCACCUUUUGGUGUGGCUGUAUCUCCUCUGGCUUGAGUUGUGGCUCUUGGGAAGCACGUGGUGUGAUAUAGCAAAAUACAAGAGGACAGUCUGUCAUUAGAGUUAUUGACUUCCCUCUGAAGUCAUGUAGUAUUCAUCCAUUCCUAAUUGAUAGGGACCCUCCUGGAUCGGGGAACACCCCCAGCUCUUUGCCCAGUUUCCGUAUACCUUCAAUUUUUCUGUUUUUGGAACUCUAAAGUCUCUACGUUACUGUACAUCGUCCUUUGUGUACGCGCUACUGAGGAAGUCUUAACUCAUAAAUAAGCUUCUAGGGUGAGAGCACAGGACCUGUGUAAUUUCAUGGUUGGAUUGAGAAAAGACUGGCACAACAAAUAUAUUACUUUCACCAGCCGGAAGACUUGGCUUGGAUUUUUGGAUGAAAAGGACUUCUAUGGACUAUUUUAAAUGUAAAAAUAAAUGACUAACAGUUAUGAAAAACAUUGCAUCUCUUAAAAUGCAUCUCCUGCUUUCUAUAUUAUACAAUCAUGUAUUACUUUGACAGAAACUACUAAAACCAGGAGAGAAUAAGAUUGCAACGUAUCCCUAAAAUAUUAAAUGUAAUCUGUCUUUUUAUUAUUUUUGUCUAGACGUUAUAUUUUUAUUAUAUUAUUGUGAGCACUAUUAUUAUGGUCUCUGGCUCUGUUGAAAACGUAAAUACUUAUUUUAGGUGAGAUUUAAAUUAGACUGAUCUAUUGUUCUAAAAGGAAAGUUCAUCUUCCUGUGUAAAGGGAGGGAAAUAUGAGUUUGGAAUAUCGGCCAAAACUACACAACUUAAAAUGUUCAAAUAUCAUUAAAAAAGCUUGCUGGAAACACUGA